CUGAAAGAGAUGUUAUCCAGAAGAUUAAACACAUUGAUCACCAAGAGAACAAUGGCUUCUUUCAACAAACCUGGCGUAGAUGCCCUCAAGCAGAAUGAUGUGAUCUUCCAAAACAUCAACAACACCAAGGUGAUCACUUUGAAUAGACCUGAAAAAUUGAAUUCAUUAAAUUAUUCAAUGCUUUCCAAGAUUUAUCCAAGAUUAAUUGAAUAUUCAAAAUCAAAUCAAACUCAACUAAUUAUCCAAAACUCAAUUGGUCGUGCCUUUUGUGCUGGUGGUGAUGUUACAUCUUGUGUGGAGAAUAAUAAAAAAGGUGAUUAUAAAGAAUCUGUUAAAUUUUUCCAAGAGGAAUAUUCAAUGAAUUAUUUAUUAUCCAUUUAUAAUAAACCAAUUGUUUCCAUUAUGGAUGGGAUCACAAUGGGUGGUGGUGUUGGGUUAACCAUCCAUACCCCUUUUAGAAUUGCAACUGAGAAGACAAGAUGGGCAAUGCCAGAAAUGGAUAUUGGAUUUUCUCCAGAUGUUGGUACCACAUUUGCCCUAAAUAAAAUUGUACCAAGUUCUUUUGGUUGGUAUUUAGCUUUAACUGGUGAAAAUGUUUUCGGUUGGGAUACUUAUUUCAGUGGGAUUGCAACUCAUUAUGUUCCUUCAAAUAGAUUGGAAAGUUUACAAUCAAAAUUAUCAAAUACCGUUUUACCUGAAAAUAUUGAUGAUCAAUAUCAAAUCAUUAAUAAUAUAAUUGAAGAAUUUGUGGAGAAUGAAAUCCCUGAAAAUUAUCAAUUUAAAUAUAAAGAUCAUUUAUCCACAAUUAAUAAAAUUUUCAGAUUAAAUACUUCAAUUGAAACAAUUUUCAAAGAAUUGGAACAAGAAAAUACUGAUUUUGCUAGAGAAACAUUGAAAAAAUUGAAGACAAAAUCUCCAUUAUCUUUAAAAAUUGGUUUAGAAAUGUUAACUCGAGGUUAUAAUUCAAAUAUUCAUCAAGCUUUAACAAAUGAAUUAAAUGCUGCUGUGCAAUUUAUGCAAAAUUCUGAUUUUAAUGAAGGUGUCUCUUCAAAAUUACUUGAAAAAAGAACACCAAAUUGGAAAUAUAAAUCAAUUGAAUCAAUUCCAACUUCAGAAGUUUUAAAUUUUUUCAAACCUUCUCAUUAUAAAUUAGAUAAAGUUUCAAAUCAACAAGUUACUUUUAAUCAAUAUCCAAGAAAUUUUGGUUUACCUAAAAAAUUUGAAUUGGAAUUUUUCAUAAAUGGUAAAAAUGGUGAUAAUUUAAAUGUGGGGAAUACCGGUAAAAGUGAUGUUAUUCAUUAUUUUAAUCAAGGUAAAUAUGGUGAUAAAAUUGGUUUAAAUGAAUAUUUAAAUUUGAUGUUGGAUGGUGAAGAAUUGUUGAAAAGUAAGUUAUAACUUGAUUAAUAUAUUCUUU